GGGUAGAAAGCAACUUUUUAUAUAAAUUCAUGUGACAACACUAACUAACAUAAACCUUAAUUAACACACAUUUCCUCCAAACUUUGAGCAUUAGUAAAUUUUCUCCUUACACACACAAAAGAAAAAGUCAAAGCGAAGCUCCUUCAGACCAUGGCGGCGGCUGCGACGGUGGUUCCGGUGGCGUACCAAGCAAACACGUCGGCGGCCGUGCCGGACUGGCUGAACAAAGGAGACAACGCAUGGCAAAUGAUAUCGGCGACGCUGGUGGGCCUGCAGAGCGUGCCGGGCCUGGUCAUCCUGUACGGCAGCAUAGUCAAGAAGAAAUGGGCAGUCAACUCGGCCUUCAUGGCCUUCUACGCCUUCGCCGCCGUCGUCCUAUGCUGGGUGACUUGGGCCUACAAGAUGUCAUUCGGCGAAAAGCUCUUGCCCUUUUGGGGCAAGGCCGGGCCGGCGUUGGGCCAGAAGUUCCUGAUCAAACAGGCAUUACUUCCGGCGACGAUCCACAACCACGCGGACGGCAGCCUGGAGACUCCGGCGGCGGCGCCGUACUAUCCGAUGGCGUCGAUGGUGUGGUUCCAGUGCGUUUUUGCGGCGAUUACGCUGAUCCUGCUGGCUGGAUCGGUUUUGGGGAGGAUGAAUAUUAAGGCUUGGAUGACGUUUGUGCCGCUUUGGCUGACGUUUUCUUACACCGUCGGAGCUUUUAGCCUGUGGGGCGGUGGUUUUUUGUUCCAGUGGGGUGUUAUUGAUUAUUCCGGCGGAUAUGUCAUCCAUCUUUCUUCUGGGAUUGCCGGAAUUACUGCUGCUUAUUGGGUUGGACCAAGAUCAAAGAAUGAUAGGGAGAGAUUUCCACCGAACAAUGUACUCUUGAUGCUGGCUGGGGCAGGGUUACUGUGGAUGGGUUGGGCAGGUUUCAACGGUGGAGACCCAUACAGUGCUAACAUUGACUCAUCCAUGGCUGUCCUCAACACCAACAUUUGUGCAGCCACGAGCCUCUUAGUCUGGACUUGGCUCGACGUCAUUUUCUUCAACAAACCCUCCGUCAUCGGCGCCGUUCAGGGCAUGAUCACCGGCCUCGUCUGUAUCACUCCCGGCGCAGGUCUUGUUCAAGGAUGGGCCGCCAUAGUGAUGGGAAUUCUUUCAGGCAGUAUUCCAUGGUUCACCAUGAUGAUCGUUCACAAACGUUGGACCUUACUCCAGAAAAUCGACGACACCCUCGGUGUCUUCCACACACACGCCGUGGCCGGCUUUCUCGGCGGCAUCCUCACCGGACUCCUAGGCGAGCCGGAACUUUGUAACCUUUUCCUACCCGUCACCAACUCCAGGGGUGGCGUUUACGGGGGUUCCGGCGGCGUUCAGUUCUUUAAACAAAUCGUCGGCGGCGGUUUCAUCAUCGGGUGGAACCUCGUUGUCACGUCAAUAAUCUGUUUCUUGAUCAGUCUGGUGAUGCCGUUACGGAUGUCGGAGGAAAUGUUGACGAUCGGAGACGACGCCGUCCACGGAGAAGAGGCUUAUGCUUUGUGGGGCGACGGGGAGAAGUUUGAUAUAACGAAACAUGGGUUUUAUUCCGAUGACACGUCGCACCCGAAAACGUCCACCGGUGCUACACAAGUUGUGUGAUGAAUUAAUUGAUCAUCUGUUACUAUGUAGCUGACUUAGACUGCAGAAUCGAUCAUUGAUGAAUGACUUUGAAAAAUUAUUUCAUGAUCACGGAAUUCUGUUCUGUAUUGAAUGUAUAUGAAAUUGUUGGAAUAUUGUCUUAGUUAUAAGCUUGUAUGCAAUAUGGAUUUUCUAAUCUUUAUGGAAUUUGUUGAUGUAUUUGAUUUGGAGAAGUCUUGGCAACUGUGUCGAUAUUGUUAGUAUUAAAUCGAGAAAUGAUAAAUACAGAAAACUGUAAAAGAUAUUGAUCAUGGUCAUCGUCGGGCAUGGUGU